AAGGAUUUGGAGACCCUCAGAUUUUGAGGCGUUGAUGAAAAGAGAUGCAUUCCGUCUAUGUGACUGUGCUGUUCAACACGGCUGAAACGACAACGACCACCAAGCUCUCAGUUCCUGCGCAGCAGCUACUCCUUGGUCGAGCUCUGCGGCGCACAUCCCCUGACUGCUAGUACCAGAUCGACGCCGGAGCAGGAUGCUAUGUGCCUCGAGAGAAUCAUCGCGGGCUCCUACCUCAACAUGGCCGCUCACCCGGACGGCUCGGGCCGAGUGUUCCUGUCCAGCCGGGACGGCAAGAUCUGGCUGGCCUCAAUGCCCAAACGGGGAUCUGGAGCCGCCUUGCGGGUUCACCGCCCUUUCCUCGACCUCACGGAUCGGGUGCUCGGGCUGGUGGGCGUGGCGCUGCUGAAAGGAAACGACGUUCCGCCCGGAGUUCGCAACCAAUGGCCGCUUCUUCGUCUCCUACAACUGCGACAGCAGCACCUCGUCGGCCUGUGGCGCCGGUAGGUGCUGGGGUGCUGCAGCCGGAAACGGCGUGCCGGUACCAGCUCGUCGUCGCUGAGUUCUCCGCGAAAGGUGGUGCUGACUAUUCCAAGCCACACAUAUCCUAUUCGUGCCAGAACCAUGGCGGCCAAAUCCUAUCCCAACCCGGAGAUAGCGAUGGAUACCUCUACCUCGUCACCGGGCAUGGUGAUUUCUCAAAGGGCAGGAGAUCAAUUUGGUGCAAAAUUAUCCGGUUCAAUGUCGGCGGUGUGCCCGCAACCGUUCGAGCGGGUUUUCUUGAUCUCCAACGAGGCUGGGAGCCAGAGCGUCUCAGCGUCCAAGGAGGCCGUCUCCAGUCUCCUUCGAUGUCAUCAGCCACGGCCGUCCCGCAGACGGCAGGAUGCCAUCCACAUCGUCGGCGGUAUCGUCUACCGAGGGUCCACCGAUCCCUCGCUGGAAGGGAAGGAAACAUUUUCUUUAGCUUUGAUACCGAGGUUUUUUUUAGCUUAUGCCAGUCCAUAUUUCAGAAUACGCAGGCAUGCAAAUUACAGUAAUACAAGAGAAAAGAGUACGCGGCAAGGAUGCACAAUUCUCACGACCGGAUCCACCACUAGGGCGUGGUCGAGCGGUCGCCGCCCGAGGUGGUUCCCAGCCGUCCAGGUGAGGUCUCCCGUCUCCAGGAAGAAGACGUCCAGGUUAUUCCCAAAUCGACAAAUCCCAAUCGGGCGGCGAGCGAGCGAGCAAGCACUCGGCGUCUUGGCUGGCGGCGGUUUUACUAUGCUGCAGUUGCGGCGCUCCAUUUCUCCCCGUCCCGCGGCAAUAUCCUCUCCAAUUCAGUCUCUUAUGACGAUUGAUUCAUUACCCAUCUGAUUGCUACGGGCGGACCGAGCACGGGCUCGGCCCAAAGCACCUACGGAUACCACCCCGAUUAGCACCCCUUCCCCAAAGCCCAGUCCAGCUGGUCGUCUGCUCUGCUCGUCAGACCGUGCUCCCUGCCGGCCCUCACCCCUCGCUUCCCUCCCGCUAGUGGCGGCCCCUGAGCGGCGGCUGUCCGUGUGGAUCAGAAAACAAAUCUUUCUGGUUUUCUCUUCCAUUAUCAAGAACUUGUUGAUCCAUACUGAAAUUUCCAUCCUGUGUAUGCUCAAGAUAUGACACCUCUGGACUUGGAAUGUACGGGUUGUUUAAAUCAGUAGAUUCUGAGAGAGCCUGAUUCAGAUCAAACAAAAAUGUGGACAACCCGGUGUUGCUGAGCUCACAGUCAUUCGCUUGAUUUUUAUCCUCAUUUGCUUCCUUAGCGUUAGUGAAGGCUUUCUCAGGAAUGUGAGAACUAGUUUCUGCAACAAUGUGUUUCUUCACUGGACAUGUCUGUGGACGAUGAUGAAGAAGUCAUAGCAUCAGAGAAUAUCUUGCAGAGACUUUCCAGUUGGGGUAUCUUAGAACUUUGCUUGAGAUGAACCCAUUUACCAUGAUGAAUGGGAGCCAUAUCCUCUGGACAUGAGAGGAGAAUUAGAUGACACGGCAGGUUUCAAGUACUUCAAGAAGUUGGGAAAUACAGAAAUCUCUCUACCAUUUGGAAGAGUCCUCAGCCCUACAGAAAGUUUUAGAGCAGUGCUUCUGUUCCCUCCCUUCUCAACGUGAGAUUCACGGAUCGUAAAGCACUGAAGAGGAAAAUAUCUCUUAAACUAGGAAGGAAGGUCUCCAGAGGCCUUACGACGACCCCUGUAUAUACGGAGACAGUGGACCCUGCAGAGGAACAAGAGUCAUUAGAGGUUGAAGAGGUCGCUUAAACCUUUCAACAAACGAGAAAACACCCGAAGCCGAGUAAGAAAAUCGUUGAUUAAGUUUAGAUCCAUCUAGACUAGUCAUAUACCUCCUUGUAACAGGCUCAGAUUAAUAUCUCUCUUGUAUUCUCCUGUGAUUUGUCUACUCGAAAUUUUCUUUAUCUUUUCAACAAAUUCGUUAGAUCGACGGUUCACAAAUCAUCGAUAAAAACGCUUCGUUAUAUAUCUAAGUAUCUGGGUCCUCUAUAAAUAGAUACAGACCCCCACCCACCACAAUUAAAUCAUGGAGAAAAUGAUCGCACUUGUUCUGCCCAUGGCUCUCUGGUACUUGUCCUUCGUCCUUCCCCAUGCUGCCGCAUCCAGUAGUGUUUCUCCUUCCCCGGUGGUGUGCGCCGGCUCAGGGGCGCCGCCGGUGACGCUGGGAGAUCCGCUGGGCUUCUGCGGCUACAGCGGCAUCAGCUGCUGCAACGUCGCCGACGAUGCUGCGCUGAGGGCGCAGUUCGAGGACAAGAACAUCUCCGACGCCGCGUGCGCCGCAAUCGUCAAGGCCGUCCUCUGCGCGAGAUGCAUCCCGUUUCUGUCGGCUGUGCUGUUCAACACAGCUGACCCGACGAAGCUGUCAGUUCCUCUGCUCUGCGCAGCAGGUACUCCUUGGUCGAGCUCUACGGCGCACCAUCCUGUGACUGCUAGUGCCAGAUCGACGCAGGAGCCGGAUACUAUGUGCCUCGAGAGAAUCAGCGCGGGCUCCUACCUCAACAUGGCCGCUCACCCGGACGGCUCGGGCCGAGUGUUCCUGUCCAGCCGGGACGGCAAGAUCUGGCUGGCCUCAAUGCCCAAACGGGGAUCUGGAGCCGCCUUGCGGGUUCACCGCCCUUUCCUCGACCUCACGGAUCGGGUGCUCGAGCUGGUGGGCGUGGCGUUCCACCCGGAGUUCGCCACCAACGGCCGCUUCUUCGUCUCCUACAGCUGCGACAGCAGCGCCUCGCCGGCCUGCGGCGCCAGUAGGUGCUGGGGUGCUGCCGCAGAAAACGGUUCGAAGCCGUGCCGGUACCAGUUCGUUGUCGCCGAGUUCUCUGCCAAAGGUGGUGCUGACUAUUCCAAGGCGACUCGAGCUAAUCCAUCUGAAGCGAGUAGGAUCUUUGCCAUGGGUUUGCCCCAGCCACACACAUCCUAUUCGUACCAGAACCAUGGCGGCCAAAUCCUAUUCCAACCCAAAGAUAGCGAUGGACACCUCUACCUCAUCACCGGGCAUGGUGAUUUCUCAAAGACCAGGAGAUCAAUUUGGGGCAAAAUUAUCCGGUUCAAUGUCGGCGGUGUGUCCGGAGAAAGCCUGAGAUCUUCAAAGAUGGACAAGCCCGAGAUCUUCUCCAUGGGUCUGAACAACCCGAGCGGAUGCAGCUUCGAUUCCGAGAGACCGUCCCACCUCUACUGCGCCGACGUGGACGAUCAACAGCACGAGCGGGUUUACUUGAUCUCCAACAAGGCUGGGAGCCAGAGCGCCUCCUCGUCCAAGGCCGUCUCCUUCGAUGUCAUCAGCCACGGGCGUCCUGCAGACGGCAGGAUGCCAUCCAUCGUCGGCGGUCUGGUCUACCGAGGGUCCGCCGAUCCCUCGCUGGAAGGAAGGUAUCUGUACAUGUACGCCUCCGGCGUGUGGACCGGCCAGAGCAACUCCUCCACCCAGAUGCCCAGGGUGAGGUGCUCCGGGAGCAGCCCCACGCCGUGCCGCUUUGGCAUCGUGCUCUCCUUGGGCGAGGACAACAGCAAGGACGCGUUCGUCCUCGCCACCGGAGGCGUGUACCGUGUCGUCCCGCCUCGCCUAUGCGGCGUUCCUCCGCAACCGCCACAGUGGCCGCCUGCGACAGGCUGGGUGCUGUCCUUGGCGUUUGCAUUCUAUCUCAUAUACUCGUCCGUGUGUUCCGCCGCCGGCGGAGGAACGAUACAAAAAGCCAACAUCGGUUGCUGCUUUAUUACAUGUAAUAAAAAUGUGACAAACAACUACCACAAAGAUUAGCACGGAGCAUAGCUCGCGGCCGGUGCCAGGUGAAAAGGUAAAAAAAUACAAGUAUUGCUGGUGUGACUACUGAGCUUAGUGGCUUCAUGA